CAGCUGCAAGAGGACGAGGAGAAGAGCACAGUAAAGUCUCUCUCCCUCUCUCUCCCAGAAAAAUAUAUAAAAGAACCCUAGUUUUCUCCGUCUCUCCUCUCCUAUCGCCCACCGAUUCAUGCUCAGAAAGUCCGAGACUUUGAGAAUCUAAGCUCUAAAGCUUCAUCUCUUUCUUCCUGGGGAAUCGAAUUAUGUACAAGGAUCGAGGGGGAGGCGGAGGAGGAGGGUCGUCGAGAUCGGAGAUCCUCGGCGGAGCUCUUGAUCGGAAGCGGAUCAACGAUGCUCUCGACAAGCACCUCGAGAAAUCUUCACCAUCCACAUCUAGGGUUUUCGCCUCUAAAGAUAAGGAUCCUUUCUCAUUCCCCUCCACUUCCGCUGCUAAAUCUCAGCCGCCCAUUCACCGCCAUUCUCGCUCCCCCGAUGUGGAAUCGGAGACUGAUAGCGAAGGAUCGGAUGUUAGCGGUUCCGAAGGAGAUGAUACAUCGUGGAUCUCUUGGUUCUGCAACUUGCGAGGGAAUGAGUUUUUCUGUGAAGUUGAUGAAGAUUACAUACAGGAUGACUUCAAUCUCUGUGGCUUGAGUAGCCAAGUUCCCUACUACGAUUACGCGCUUGAUCUCAUACUGGAUGUUGAAUCAUCCAACGGUGAUAUGUUCACCGAAGAACAGAAUGAAAUGGUGGAAUCGGCUGCUGAGAUGUUGUAUGGUCUUAUUCAUGUCCGAUACAUUCUGACAACCAAGGGAAUGGCUGCCAUGUUAGAGAAGUAUAAGAACUACGAUUUCGGGAGAUGCCCACGAGUUUACUGCUGCGGACAGUCUUGCCUUCCAGUCGGACAGUCUGACAUCCCGAGGUCAAGCACCGUGAAAAUAUACUGCCCGAAAUGUGAAGACAUAUACUACCCGCGUUCCAAGUACCAAGGCAACAUUGAUGGAGCUUAUUUUGGGACAACGUUUCCACACUUGUUCCUGAUGACGUAUGGGAACCUAAAGCCGCAAAAGCCAUCACAGAGCUAUGCCCCGAGAAUUUUUGGCUUCAAGGUACACAAACCAUGACACUGACGCAGCAUGGUCAUACAUUACAUGGCUCGACCUCUCUUCAUAAUAGGCCAACCACUGAUGGAACACGCAACACUGUUCCAUGGAUGAGAGCUAUGAAGAUCCUGAUGGAAGCUCGGAAUUGCCCAGAAACUGGUUAUCAAGAAUAUGCUGUAUUAUCCCUUUUGGGAAUUUUAAAUCAUUGUUGGUAUCGUGAAUUUCCAUUUGUUUGGAUUUUGUUAUUUUUUUUUACAUCUGGCUUGUAAUAUCUGUGAUCUCUCCCCAACAAUUUUGCUUUGUAUAAUGUUGACAAGCUCCUUGGCGUUA